UAUUGGACCCCUACAAAUCGAAGUAUAUUCCUAACAAAGGAUGUCAUUUGUACCAAAUUUUCCUCCGUCGCUACUCCACCGAAUAAAGACCGAUGAUGCUGGAGAUGAGAAGAAGAAAAGCAAAGAGGACUAUAAAAAAAUGAAGGAACUCGAGGAGGCUCGAAAGCUGGCAGUGAUGCCUGCGAUGAAAGAUGAGGAGGGCCAUGAUAUCAAUCCACAUAUUCCACAGUACAUUAUGCAAGCACCAUGGUACUAUGGGGCAAUGCAUCCAACUCUUCGGCACCAGCGCAUUCAGGAUGAGAAAAAGAGAGCAGAGAUUUCUGGGCAAAUGAAGGGAUCUAGUUCACUCAAUGUCUGGUACAAACGUGGUGCUCCAGAGAAGGUAAAAGUUACCAAGUAUCGCGAUGGAGCCUGCGAAAACUGCGGUUCCAUGACUCAUAAAAGAAAAGACUGUUUGGAAAGGCCAAGAAAGAUUGGGGCAAAGUACACUGGCCUUGAUAUUGCACCUGACGACUACCAGCAGAUCGAGAUUAGCUUGGGUUAUGAGGCCAAGCGGGACCGCUGGAAUGGCUAUGAUCCAGCUGAACAUAAGAAGCUAUUCGAUGAGUAUCAACGUCUGGAGGAAGCACGCAAAUUGGCCAAGGCGAAGAAGUUGGAGGAACAGCUGGCGAAAGCUGCGGAGGGGAAUGGAGGACAAGAAGAACCCGCUGCAUCUGCCGCCAAACCCACUCUGGAUGAGGACGGAGAUCUGGACAUGGAAGAUGGUGACCGUUAUGGUGACGAGUUGGACAUGCCAGGUCAAAAGUUUGAUAGCAAGCAACGGCAAUCCAUCCGGAACUUACGUAUUCGUGAAGACACGGCCAAGUAUUUGUUCAAUCUGGACCCAAACAGUGCCUACUACGAUCCGAAAACCAGAGCAAUGCGUGAAAAUCCAUUUGAAGGAACUGGUAAACCAGAAUCCGAGGUUCCGUUUGCCGGUGACAACUUUGUUCGCUAUGAUGGUGAAGUUCAGGAUAUGGUACGACGCCAAGUGUUUGCUUGGGAAAUGCAGAACAAGCUCGGUCUGGAUGUUCAUCUACAAGCGGACCCAACUCGUUUGGAGUUUUUGGCCAAAAAGGUUUCCAAAGCCAAGUCGGAUGUUCAGUCACGUGUGCGUGAGGAGAUUUUGGAUCGAUACGGUGGCCAUGAACACCUGGAGCCUAUUGCACCAGAACUGUUGCUUGGUCAGUGGGAGGCCUAUGCAGAGUAUUCGCCUACCGGACGGGUAAUCAAAGGUGCCGAAAAGCCGACUGUCAAGUCAAGAUACGAGGAGGAUGUGUACAUCAACAAUCAUUCUUCUGUCUGGGGCUCAUAUUGGUUCAAUGGUCAAUGGGGUUACAAGUGUUGUCAUUCCUUGUUGAAAGAAUCCUACUGUGUCGGUGAGAAGAACAAGGAAAAGGAGAAACAAAACUAUCCAGAGAUCCCUGACGACGAUCCCACUGGUGGUGCAUUACUCAAACCGCCACCAAUGCCCACGGAUAUGGACUCAGAUGAUGGUGCAGACAAGCGUAAGUCCUCAGGUAAUCGUGGUCGCAAGCGAAAGAAGAGCAGAGGCAGUCAAAACAGCCGCUCCUCAAGUUCCUCUUCAUCCAGUUCUUCCAGCUCUUCGAGUGGCGACUCGUCUUCAUCCGAUAGUCCGGAAAGGACUACAGCUGAUGGUGGGAACACACUCAAGGAAGGUAUGAAUCAAGAAAUCGAAUCAGACGCGGAUCAAAGGUCUGAAUCGGAUGAGGAAGAGAAACGUCUAGCCGAAGAACAAGCUUCAGCAGAGAGGGCGCAAGAGAUCGCCCGUUCUGAAGCCCGUCGUGAACGAAUUCGAGCCCAGCGAGCGGAGAAGAAGAAGAAGAGACGCCAACACAAACGGGCGGACAAGAAUACCAAGAAAAAGCGGCGGAGACGACACGAAAGUUCGUCUAGUUCGUCCUCCAGUAGCGAUUCUGAAGUUGAUUUGGAAGCCCUACAAGAACAGAAGAUUCAGGAGGCGAUUAAGCGGGAGAAGGCUCGGUUGUUAGAAGUCGAAUCUUAUCUAUCCAUGGAUGAACGCAAGCGACCUUACAAUUCAUUGGCAGAGGUCAAAAAACCGACGGCAGAGGAGAUGGAGGCUUAUUAUCGCACCAGAGUGAACAGAGAUGAUCCAAUGUCUCAUUUUAUGUGAUAAACUCGCGUGCACUCUUCCUUCUUGUACAUAACUGACAGUCUUUAAUCACGCUCUAAUUCA